AUGCAGUGCGUCAUCGAUCGCGAGAUCGGCAAGCCCAAGUACCGCUGCGCUUGGGCCUGUGUCGACACGGCCGCGGACGGCGGCUGCAGGACGAUCGAGUGCGGCCUCCAGUACUCCACGCAAGAUCAGGUAUACACCUGCCCGAUCCCCAUCCGAGUCCAGGGCCGGCCAUGCCGUCUGCGGCGACCGGCCAUGCUUCAGCCUUCAGCUGCCCCGGCCUGA